UGCUUUUUCUUGUUGAAGCCCCAUUUAUUACUAAUGCGGCAGAUUUAACUGAGGGGUUGAAUGUACCAGCCACCCCUUGCCAUGUGAUGCAGCUGUACUGCAACAACCACCUUUUUCACCAUCGCCAAGUCUAGACGUCACACAACUGCUCAGCCUCUACCAGACAGAGGGAUUGAGUAGGCAAUAAUAAGCGACCUAUGGAGAACCGCACCCUAAACACGGCGGGAGGGUAUACCCCAGAAAAGGUUCCUCAAGCUCUCUGGGGAUCACAGCGAAUUGUCACCUACAUUUGCCUGUUGCUCCCAGCAUACUUGAUUCUCGUAUCCCUGCUUCGAUUUCGUCAUGCACGGUGGCUGCGCCAGAAAUACCACUAUCCCACUCGGGAGUCCUUUUCUCGUAUGACCGACGAUGACGCUUGCGAAAUACAGAAAACCCUGGUUCAGCUGGAAUUUCCCUUUUUCUACCUCAAGUCGCUCCAAUUUGCUCUCUUCAGGACUUAUGGAAUUCCGAGCAUCUCGGGAGCGCUCACAAACACGACCCAGUUCACUAAGCCCGAGACAGCCCUGAAACGCUACGCCGAUACCGUCGCCUUGGUCCAGGAGUUUAUAGGUCACGCACCGACCUCCAGUCGUGCUUGCACUUCUAUUGCACGCACCCGCUGGAUCCAUAGCAGCUAUCGCGCUUCCGGCAAAAUUCUAGAAGAUGACAUGCUAUACACACUUGGCCUCUUCGCCACUCAGCCCGUCGAAUUCGUCGAGAAGUAUGAAUGGCGGAACCUAAGUGACCUUGAGAAGUGUGCCAUUGGUACCUUUUGGAAAAGUCUAGGCGAUAGCUUACAAAUUAGCUAUGAUGCUCUCCCGUCAGGCAAGACGGGAUUUCGUGAUGGCCUCCAAUGGUUGGAGGAAAUCAUGGUCUGGAGCAACAAUUACGAGGCUCGUUGCAUGGCUCCCCAUGUUAAGAACCGCGAAAUUGCCGACCAGACGAUUGCAAUGUUGCUGUAUAUGGUUCCGAAGCCGCUGCAACAAUUUGGAUUGACCUUCGUUACGUUCAUGAUGGAUGAUCGUCUGCGGAGGGCCAUGCUGUUUGAGGCUCCUCCGGCGUUGAAUGCCAAGUUAUUUUCGUUCUUGUUAUCCGCUCGUCGGUUCGCCAUGCGGUACCUUGCGCUUCCCCGCCCAUACUUUCUGCGGUAUAACAGUUAUACCGAUGAACUGGAUGAGAACGAUCGCAUCUUCAUGGUCAACUGGGAUGCUGCACCCUACUAUGUGAAGCCAACUUUCCGGAACCGCUGGGGUCCAGUUGCUUGGCUAACUUGGGCGCUUGGCCGACCUUUGCCGGGAGACGAAGGUAGCAAGUAUUAUCCGCAAGGAUAUUAUACCCCUAAUGUCGGUCCCACGUAUUUCGAGGGUAAGGGCCGUCGGGGUAUGGAUGAGAUCAUGAAAGAAUUGGAGACCACACGACGGGGCCAAUGCCCUUUUCUUUAGGCGCUGCGCACGAGUUGAGAUCGGGUACCAUGUGAUGAGCACAUAUAUGGCAGAAGACCCGAGACGCCUUUGCAUAAGAUGCGCUGAGAUGUGUCCUACUUUUUGAGUAGCUCAAUGGGCGUGGUAUGCUGCAGACAAGAAUUCAGUGGGAUAAAGUUGUCGAACGCUGCAGCAUAUCAGGCCUUCUCACAGAUCUCAGCAGCCUCCCUCGUCAGCCACUUCCAAAAGGACCAGAUUGUUAUAUACUGGCGCCAUUAUGAUGGCUGCCUGGCGCAGUUUGUCUUGAAGUGACAGCAUAUCUGUUUCCCAUCCUAAUUGGGAAUCCACCCACAAUUGAACAGUGAAUAUUGAAGAAAGUGAAAGUCUAUGCACUCACUGCUAAAACUUCCGUGCUAUGCUUCAUAUGUAGGGAAUCCCUCAUACAAACCAUAAGAAAUACUGCAUAGACAGGGGAGCUAUAGCCUUGCUCCACCCAAUAAGCGCGUUGGACCCGCC